AUUCGGUAUAUAGAUAUAACAUUUUUUUAGGAAAAAAUAUUCCCAAACACACUCUCUCUCCCACCACGACCACCACCGUGCACCGGCCACCACCACCAAAACACCCAGCUCACGACCUCUGCAACAACCACCCCCAUCACUGCAACCACUGCAAUAACCACCAGCCCUAACUAAUUUCUUUCCAAUAUUCAACGGCCCUAACUUCCCAAAAAAUCAAAAGUGCAAUUGUAGCCACUCUUUGCUUAUCAUUCCAAAACACGAGAUAGCUGCUUCUUUGCCUAGGUCCGUAAAUUCAUUAUCUUGAAGAAUGCAUGUAUUGGUCGUCCUGUGAGACGGUGACGACGGUAUUGAACGUCCAUGGAAGGUUUGAAAUCUUCGUUCCUGAACACAACUCCGUUGACGUGUCAACCUUGGAAGCAUCCUUAUCAUCCGAAGCUUAAUUCCUCAUCGCGAAUCUCCUGUUCGGUCUCACCAGACCCGUGGUCUCUGAGCGAUGGAAACAAACCGAAACCCAAAUCAAAGCACCCAAAGAAUCCUCUCUCCGACGACAAUGCCCGUCGCAUUAUCAAAGCAAAAGCCCGUUAUUUAAGCACAUUGAGGCGCAACCAGGGUUCACAAGCUUUAACACCCAGGUGGAUCAAGAGGUCACCCGAGCAGAUGAUACAAUACUUGGAGGAUGAUAGGAACGGGCACUUGUACGGUCGGCAUGUAGUGGCAGCUAUUCAACGGGUUCGGAGCCUUUCGGGUUUGCCCGAAGGGUCUUAUGACAUGAGGCAGGUUAUGGCUUCUUUUGUUACUACUCUCACUUUUAGAGAGAUGUGUACGGUGUUGAAAGAGCAAAGGAGUUGGAGACAAGCCCGAGACUUUUUUGCAUGGAUGAAAUUACAGUUAAGUUACCGGCCCAGUGUAAUAGCCUAUACGCUCGUUCUUCGAACUUAUGGACAAACCGGAAAAAUCAAGCUUGCGGAAGAGACGUUUUUGGAAAUGCUCGAAGCCGGGUGCGAGCCAGAUGAAGUUGCGUGCGGAACCAUGUUGUGUGCAUACGCUAAAUGGGGUCGCCACAAAGCUAUGUUGUCGUUCUACUCGGCCGUACAACAACGGGGUAUCGUGCUCUCUGUUGCGGUUUACAAUUUCAUGCUAUCAUCUUUGCAGAAGAAAUCGUUUCACCAAAACGUCAUAGAGAUUUGGAGACAGAUGGUUGUAAGUGGUGUAACUCCAAACCAAUUCACAUACACGGUUGUUAUCACGUCAUUGGUGAAAAAUGGUCUUACCGAUGAAGCUUUUAUGACUUUUAACGAGAUGAAGAGUAUGGAAAUUGUACCGGAGGAGGUUACCUAUAGCCAUCUUAUUGCGGUAACUUGUAAAAAGGGUAACCAAGAUGAAGCUUUAAGGCUCUAUCAUGAUAUGAGAGAACAAAAUAUAGUUCCGAGUAACUUCACGUGUGCGUCUCUUUUAUCUCUCUACUAUCGAAGCGGAAACUAUUCGAAAGCUUUAUCUCUAUUUUCGGAAAUGGAAAGGUAUAAAGUUGUAGUGGACGAAGUCAUAUACGGUUUGCUUAUUAGGAUAUACGGUAAGCUUGGUCUAUACGAGGAUUCGAUAGCAACAUUUGAAGAGAUUGGCAAGUUAGGUUUAUUAAGUGACGAUAAAACGUAUAUAACAAUGGCACAAGUGCAUUUGAGUACCGGGAAUUAUGAAAAGGCACUAGAUAUAAUGGAACAAAUGAGAUCUAAAAACGUAAGUUUUUCAAGAUUUGCGUAUAUUGUUUUGUUGCAAUGCUAUGUAAUGAAGGAGGAUGCAGAAGCCGCCGAACGUACGUUUCAAGCUCUUUCGGAGACGGGUUUUCCCGAUUGUCGUUCUUGCACAGACAUGUUGACUUUGUAUAUGAAACUAGGGCUUACCAAGAAGGCAAAAGAGUUGAUCGUCCAUGUACGAGAAAAUAAAGUAAAAUUUGAUAAGGUGCUUCUGAAAACGGUUAUGAAGGUAUAUUGUAAGGAAAACAUGUCACAUGAUGCCGAGCAAAUGAUACAAGAGCUUAGCGAAAACAGAUUGUUCGAAGAAGACGAUGAUAAGUUCAUUCGAACGAUUUUGAUGGGUAUACGUGGAGAUUUGACAGGACUUGAAGAAGUUGAUUUAGAUCCCUUGGCGUUUGAGCUAUUGUCGACUCUGUAUAUGGCACCCGAAACUGCAUAUAAGAUGGAGAAAACACUCAACUUGUUGUUGAACACUACUAAUGGCUGUAAAGUAGCCAAUCAAGUGGUUAACAAUUUCAUGAAAGAAGGUUUAACAUCUCAAGCAGAAUCUUUAUUUGACCUAUUGCUGAAGCUGGGUUGCAAGCCAGAGGUUUCUACUUUAUCAUCUAUGAUAUAUUUAUACGGAAAGCAAAAGCAGGUGGAGCGAGCCAAACGCGCAUUUGCAGCAGUGGCAGAUGCUUCUUCAGAGCAAAAGCAUUUAUACAGUUGUAUGAUUGAUGUAUAUGUCAAAUCUGAAAAAGCGGAUGAAGCAUAUUUGUUUUACGUAGAGGAAGAUAAGAAAGGCCGCGAUGUUGGUGCUGUUGCAAUUAGCAUGCUGGUUAACGCAUUGAGUAAUUGUGGAAAACAUCGGGAUGCAACGAAUGUCAUAAAUAAUUGUUUCAAUAAAAACACGGAGCUUGAUACAGUGGCAUACAAUACUUUCAUAAAAGCAAUGCUAGAUGCGGGUAGAUUGAGGUUUGCCGCAAACAUCUACGAGAAGAUGCUUACAAAAGGUGUUGCUCCGUCAAUUCAGACAUUCAACACCAUGAUUACUGUGUAUGGGCGUAGUCGAGAUCUUGAUAAAGCUAUAGAGAUGUUCAACACUGCUCGAAUAAAGGGUGUGACCCUGGAUGAGAAAGCGUACACGAAUUUAAUAGUUUACUAUGGGAAGGCUGGUAAAAUCGAUGAAGCGUCGAUCUUGUUUAAUCAGAUGCAGGAAGAAGGAAUAAAACCUGGGCAGGUAAGCUACAAUAUUAUGAUGAAUGUGUAUGCUUGUGGCGGAUCCUACAAAGAAGCGGCUCAACUUUUUAACGAGAUGCAAAGGGAUGGUUUGUCACCCGACUCUUUUACCUAUCUCACCCUUGUUCGAGGGUACGCAGCUGGUAAGAAGUACAUGGAAGCGGAGGAAGCCAUUAGUUUGAUGAGGAAACAAGGGGGGAUUGGGAUAUCCCCUACUUGUGCUCAUUAUAACGUGUUACUAUCUGCAUAUGCAAAAACAGGCGUGUUGGAGGACGUCGAGAGGGUUUAUGAGCUGCUAAUUGCGGCUGGAUUGAUUCCAGACGUUGCGUGUUAUCAAACCAUGCUUAGAUUCUACUUGGACUAUGGAUAUGUGGAGAAAGGUGUAUCUUUGUUCGAAAGCAUUAGUGAUAGCGGUGGUGCAAAAUCUGACCGGUUUAUUAUGAGUGCAGCCGUGCAUUUGUACAGGGCCGCUGGCUUGUCCAUCAAAGCUCAAGGUGUGUUAACUUGUAUGAAUAGUCUGGGCAUCCCUUUUCUCAAGAUAAGGCUUGCAUAAUGAUUUUGUGGGUUAUUUUUUUUUAAUUUUUUUUGUUACUUAUGUAACUAUAGAGUGUAAAUUUUAUUUUUUUUUGGUGUUUAGUUGGUGUGUUAGGUUACAACUUACAAGGAUAUUUUUGAGGGUGUUUCUUAUAAAUGUUAAUGUUACAGCUCAA